AUGCCUUCACCGUCCCCGUACCCCCCAAUCGACAUCCCAGUCGUCGACCUCUGGAAGUUCCUCUUCGAGAACGAGCAGCGCCAAUUCCCAGAUGACAAGGUGGUCUAUCAGGACGCAGACACCCUGCGCUCCUACACCUACGCCCAGGUAAAAUCUACAGCAAUUACCUUCGGAACAGGCCUCAAGGCCUCUCUCGACUGGAAAAAGGGUGAUGUCCUUGCUCUUUUCUCGCCCAAUGAUAUCGAUAUUCCACCGGUGUUAUGGGGCACGCAUUGGGCCGGCGGUGUAGUGACGCCUGCCAACCCGGCGUAUACGGCGGACGAGCUUGCGUUUCAGCUCCAAAAGACUCGUGCGCGUUUCCUGGUUACGCACUUGACUUGUCUGGAUGUCGCUGUGCGUGCAGCGGCCAAGGUCGGAAUUCCAGACGACUGUAUCGUACUACUGGGUGACGACCGACAUCCCACCCGAAAAUAUAAGCAUUUCACAUCCGUUCGCAACCUGUCUGGUGCAACAAGGUAUCGUAGGACACGCCUUGAUCCAAAGACGGAUCUUGCCUUUUUAGUAUUUUCGUCAGGCACCACGGGUGUACCGAAGGGUGUUAUGUUGAGCCAUUACAACAUCGUCGCGAAUAUAUUGCAGCUUAAGGCGGGCGAGGAAGGGAACUUGUCGUGUAAUGGAGGGCCAGAUGGCAAGGGAGACAAGCUACUUGCUUUCCUCCCGUUCUUCCAUGUUUAUGGAUUGACCUGCUUGAUUCAUAGCUCGAUGUACUCCGGUUACCAUCUAUACGUCAUGUCCAAGUUUGACAUCGAAAAGUGGUGUGCACAUGUCCAAAAUUAUCGCAUAACGUUCUCCUAUGUCGUCCCACCAGUGAUUCUACUACUAGCCAAGCAUCCCGUUGUCUCCAAGUACGAUCUUUCGUCCCUUCGCAUGAUGAACUCUGGCGCUGCGCCGCUCACCGCCGAGCUGCUGGAAACCAUGUACGCCCGCAUCAACAAAGGAGCCAAACAAGGAUACGGACUUAGUGAAUGCAGUCCUACAACCCACACCUUGUCGUGGAAUGAUUGGCGCCGCAAGGCCGGCGCAGUGGGCAAACUACUUCCAAAUAUGGAAGUUAAAUACAUGACUAGCCCGGAAGAUGGGUCGGAACCUGUGGAAGUUCCAGCCGGAAAGACAGGAGAAGUCUACCUUCGUGGGCCCAAUGUGUUUUCAGGAUACCUUGACAACCCAACUGCAACGGCAGGCUGCCUUUCGGCCGACGGCUGGUUCUGCACUGGCGACGUCGGUCACCAAGACGAGGAAGGAAACCUGUACAUCACCGACCGUGUCAAGGAGCUGAUCAAAUACAAGGGCUUCCAAGUUGCUCCCGCUGAGCUAGAGGGAUACCUUGCCGCACACCCAGAGGUAGACGACGCAGCCAUCAUUGGAGUUGAGAGCGAAGACCACGGUAGCGAGGUACCGCGUGCCUACAUCGUUGUUAAGUCCGGUGUUGAGAAAGGAGAGAAGACCGCAAAGGCAAUCGCAAGCUGGUUGGCCGGAAGAGUAGCACCAUACAAACGAUUGAGAGGAGGAGUCAAGUUCGUCGAUUCAAUCCCAAAGAGUCCCAGCGGGAAGAUCCUUAGACGGGUGUUGAAAGAGAUGGUCAAGAAAGAGAACAGCAAGGUUAAGGCGAAGCUAUGA